AUGCAAUGGUAGAUCUUGCCAUGCAUAACCGGUGUGCCUCCGGCCCCAAUGUUCCAUCAAAGAUGAUCAGACGUCGACCCCUUGAGAUGUUCAUACACCCAGGUUCGCCGACACGUAGACGGGGUGCUUCACGAGCUCAUGAGCUUGACAAAAAAUGAUCCGGAACCAUUUUUUUUGCAUGCAGACUCUGGAUGAUAUUUCCAUUUUCACCCUCCCAUAUAUGAAGAGGUUUUAACCAUCCCAAACGAGCGGUUCUAUUCGUAGCGUUUUGUCGGAGCUCGAUGUUUGACACCGAUGGCAUCCUUGAAACCCGCAGCCGUUUCCGUCGCCGUUGGCUCGUUGGAAGGGUUUGAACAGCGGGCAGAGGGACACCGGGACUUAGAGCUUUCAUUGGCGAAAGCACCUCGCAGCAUUUUUUCCCUGCAAUGUGUGGAAUGGACCACAACCGGAACAGACUAUGUUGCCCUUACGCGCGGCACCAAGCCGUGCCACUUUGCACAGCCUGGGGAAGCUCCGAGCCAUCGCUUCCAUCGGCGGGAGAAGCUGCUCAGCGUGGCGCUCAUCUUCUGUUCGAGCUUCCAGUCGCUGGGGAAGCUCUUGGAGCGAGGAGGUCCGAGCUUGCAAGAGGUUGACGGAAGCGGUGCGUUUUCCAGGCGGAAAAGACCAAGCUGGAGAGGCACUGCAAAGCUUACGACAACUAUGGCUAUGCCAUGAAGCCGGCAGCCGACCUGCACGUUUUGCAGUGUCUCCAGCAGUAGUGAAUGCUGCAUGCACAGCUAUAGACUGGGGACUGGUCGGUGGGGAAGAAGCACAUGAUAUCCUGCAAUGGCUGGCGAAAGAAGUUGCCUCCAGACUUGGCAAUUUCAGUCCAGGGACUGGUGUGGCAGGCACAGCUUAUGUGCAUGUCAUCCAUCGGGAGCCUUCAGGAAAGCUGUUGCCUUUGCUCGAAGAGCAUCUCACUCUGCUGACGUCUCGGAAGUCCUUGACUCCCCGUGCCAUCGCGAACUUCAUCAACCUACUCUAUGGCAGUUCUAGUGAACAUCAGCCCAGCCAGACGUUGUCGCACUUGCGCUUAGAAGCUGCUGGGACCUUGAGCUCCUUUGCAGCCACCGAGCUGUUGGAUGUCGCUUCAGGCCUGGCCAAGUGCCAGCAGCUGGACUGCAAUUUCUUGCAGGACCUCCGCCGAGCGGUGGAUUCCAUGCCCUUCGAACCGCCCCCGUCGCCCGAGCACCCUUGGGACGUGGCUGACCCUUCGAAGACGUGGCGGUGCCCGCAGCCGCCGAGGCUUCUGGCCGACUUCCCGGACGCGCUGGUCCUGUCGAAGCCCGCCGGCUGGUCCUGCGCGACGGGUCGCGCCUCGCGGGCGACGGGCGGAGACGGCCGAGGCGGUCCCGCGCCCGCGCGGGUGGCGGAGGUCCUGGCCGCUUCCUUUCCGGAGCUUUCGCCGUUUCAAGACGCCGCGGCCGAUCACGGCAUGGCACACCGCUUGGAUCUGGAGACCAGCGGUGCGUUGCUGCUGGGGAAGAGCUUACGAAGCUUCUGGAGGCUGCGGCUGGAGUUCGUGGCGCAGAAGGUGAAGCGGCAAUAUCUCACGCUGGUGCAAGGUCGCCUUGGGCCUCUGGGAGUUGCGCAGCAGGUCCAGGAACCUCUGCGCCUGCAGCGCUUGCGUCGGUCCAAUCCAACGCGCUCGGUCCAAUCCAAAUCGCUGGUCUGCGAGACUGGAAGGCCAGCACGAACUCGCUUUGUGCCCCUGGCGCACGUGAAGUCGCGGGAGGGAGGAGACUCGAUAUGACUCUCCUCUCUGCUGAGCCUUUGACAGGGAGGACUCACCAAAUCCGUAGUCACUUGGCCUACCUGGGCCAUCCUCUUGU